AUGCGUCAUGGCGACGAAUUCACGGCCCCCUUUACGGACGACCUCAACUCCACCCGUCGCACCACAACCCCAAUGUCCAGCGACGAGAAGGAGCCCUUCGACGAGGGCCCCACCACCACCUCCACCGAGCCCACCACCACCUGGCUGGCGCCCGACCCCGCCGACCCCGAGUUCAUCUGGCACUUCCCCAACGAACAGCCGAUCGUGAUCAGCCCCGAGCUCUGCAAACAGGGGAUUCUGAUGCGCUUCGAGGAGCUGGUCAAUCAGCUGAGCACCGGGUGGAAAUACCAUGUCGCGAAUACGGAGGGAAUCAAAGACGCCUGGAGGCAGUUUGAGAAGUUCUACGAAAAUGUCUGCAGCUACACUGGAGGUGGGUUUGGGGUUUUUUGGGGUGGAAAAAUAAUAAAAAAAAACUUUUUGAAAAAUAAAAAAAAUCAAACAAAAAUUUAUUUAUAAAAUUUUUUUUAAAAUUCAAUUUUUACCCCCUAAAUCUAUCUGCCUGUCGAAAAAAUAACAAAAACGUUUUAAAAAAAAUUCUGCGUGUUUUUAAAGUUCAAAAAAUUUCUUUUUAAAAAUUCAAAUUUUUUUUUAAAUUCAAAAAAAUUUUAAUUCGUAAAAUACAAAAAAAGAAAUCAUCAAAAGUUUCUUGACCCUCUAAACCUACUGGUCACCACGAAAACAUCCGUAUUUUCGCUUAUCAGGCAUUCGGAAAACAUGAUUCAUCUAAAAAUUCAAAUAAAAACACGGAAGAGUGCUAUUCAGCUGAUAACGAGAGCGGACGCAGCAUUAGCGCACAUUCAAUGGGGCUUUUUGGGAGUCAAAACACCUUUUAAAUCUUUAAUUUCGUAAUUUCAACAGCAUUUUUAGACUUUUUUUUCAAAAAUUUCUUCAAAUUUCGAUCAAAAAAUCUGUUUUAAUCCAAAAAUCCCAUUUCUCAUUCCUCAAUAUGCAAAUUUCGGCCAUCUUUCAUCCGCUUUUAUCGCAUUGCCAUCAAUAUUUAUCUUCACCAUGACAUCCCUUGUCCUUUUCCAUUGGAAUUCGGCCAAAAAACGACGUGGCCGCGCGAGAAUUUGGGUGGCCCAAAGAGGGGCGGCAAUUUGCAUAAAGCCCGUGGGGAAAUUUUAUCGCCGCCACAGAUUUACAAGUCCUUCGGAGCCGCCGUUGGGCCGUAAAAAUUAUGAGAGAAGUUGAUGGGAAACGGGAGGGGCGUUAUCAGCGAGUUUUGCGAUUUUUCAUUCGAAAAAGGAAAGUUUGAUGCGUCAGCGCGGUACUCUGGCAAAUUAGAGUAAGCGUAGAAUAGGUCAUGGAUGAAAGCUCCUAUCAGUCUGUCGGGAAAAUAAUGAGCACUCUGUGGAGAGCGACCAGAGAAGUUUUUUGCGCAAUAUGUUUUGAUUCUGUCUUUGAACGAUGUCGCAGGAAUGUUUUUCGGGUCCGAGAACGGCCACGAAGUCUGCUGGAAACUUGUCGCGGAUUGUAGAUGAGAUUUGACCUAAAAUUUGCGACAAAAAUUUUUUGUCGUAUUUUGGUCUAAAAGUCAUUUUUAGAGCGUUUUAGGACAUAAAAAUUUUGUCGCUAAUCUUAGUGCAAGUUUACACUAAAUUUUGCGACAAAAAAUUUUUGUCGUUUUUUUCUCUGAAAACGAUUUUCAGCGCGUUUUUGGACAAAUUAUUUUUGUCGCUAAUCUUAGUGCAAGCUUACACUAAAUUUUGCGACAAAUUUUUUUGUCGUAUUUUUGUCUAAAAGUAAUUUUUCGGUUGUUUAAAAAAAUUUUGUCGCUGAUUUCAGUCCAAAUUUUUUGUCCAAAAAGUCACAAAAUCCUAAAAUUUACCUCUCCAAAAUCACUUUUAUAACCCCUUCAUUCAAUCUCCCUUUCCUCCAUAUUCUUCCCAGGUCCCUCUUUCACCUCCAUAACCGGAAUUAGCCAUGUUUUUCCCCGCUCUUCUUCCCCUCUCGCGUCUUCCAGAACUUGCACUGGAGGACGCGAAAUUUGGCUUCAAAUCGACCGUGCGAAUGGGCUUUUGAGGAAAGCCACUGGCGCGUCAAACGCCUCUGGUCAUUUAUUCGCACGCGCCUGUCGUGGGAAACGUUUCUCUAUGCAAAUUAAAUGGCAAAUUAAAUUUUUAAGCCAUUUUUUGGCGAUUUUUCAAAAUUUUCGGGCAAUUUGACCAUUAACUUUUUUUUGAGGGAGCAGUAAAUUAAAAUUGGAUGCGUUUUUCGAAUAUCUUUUAUGAUUUUUAUUAAAAAAAUUUUUUUCUUCGGAAUGAAGCCAAUCGCAGCCAUUGUUCCGGAAAUCUUGUUAUUGCCGCCGCAGGCGGAAAUCCAAUUGAGUUUAUUAAAAAAAAAUUCUCCAUGAAACACGUGAGAUGUAUUAAUCUGUUUUUCAAGAUUUUUUAGUAACAAAUUUGUUCGUAACCGCAGUUUCAAAUAUUACACUAGACACUAUUCCCCAAACUUUGAUUUUUCCCAUUUUCCUUGCGUUUGACCUAGAACAAAGCAUCUAUUUGGCCAUAUAAAGACGCAUAAAGGCCUAGAAAAGGUUUUUACAGCGGAAACAAUCCUGGUUUUAUUAUGAUAUACUACAAAAUCUCAUCAAAAUUACGCAUAACCGACCGAAAACGGUUAUUUUUGGGAAAUUAUUGGAAAUACCAUCAUAAAUCAGACAAAUGUUUUGGCUCUCGUCCGGGAUUAGUAAUACUUUUGCCUGCUUUAUGUGGUCCUCGACGAUAAAUCGCGUGUUCUACAGGGCAAUAAAAACACAAGCGGAAAACGCGGCCGUUUUCGGAUUUUAAACCCGCAAAAAUGCGUUGUUAUUUUUGGCGGACUGAAUAGACUAUGGCUUUAUUACGUUUACCAUGUGUUAGUUUUCGUCUUGUGGGAUCUAUAGAUGGAUUAUCAUGUCGCUUUUCCAUUGAUGCUUUGAUUUUUUGGCGAUUCUUUGAUUUUUAUCCAAUUUUGGGGACCUUUAAACAAUUGCUUGUAAUUUCUUGCCUAAGGGCAAGUUUGAAAUUGCCAAUUGAGUGGUGGAUGAACAUGCCUUUGGCUUCAAAUUGAUACUAUUCACGCUUUUUGGCUUCGAAUUUUGCGGAAGUUAUAGCCUUUCAAACUUUUCCCGCAAAAAAAUCCGUUCCUUCCGUUGCAGCGGCCACAAAUUUAGCCAAUUUGCAUAUCCCACCCUUAAGCCAUAUUUAGAAAUACCAGCAGUUCUCUGGCAACGUCCAGUUUCCUCAAAUUUUUCCUUCACCAUCUCAUAACAUUCAUUUUCUCAUCAAGUUCUGGCCUAAUCUCCAAUUCACUAAUCCCCAAAUCUCCAUAACAAGUUCCCCAUGCUCAUGGCGCGCAACGAACAUGAAUUCCGCCGGCCCCUUCGGCCAUACGCACGCUCUCUUCGGGGGCCCCGACAGCAAUUUUGCACGACCUUUUUUUGGCGUUGACUUUAUCCUCUUUUGUGUUCUCUUUUCGGCCGGCCCUUUUUCGUUGUUCAUGAAGGGCGGGGGAUGAGAAAAGACGUUUGAACGGGCGGCUUGUACUUUGAGGAGGGACGAGAUUACAUGCUGACGUGUGGUACGCAUACCUGCGCAGCAAUCUGUAGUGUUUUUGGCCGGAGUUGAAGAGGAUUUUCUUGAGAUUUUUGAGAUUUUUUGGCCAAAAAAUUAGAAUUUUGGGGAGUUUUGGUGGUCACAAGUUUUUAAAGCAAUAUUUGUGACUAGAAGCUGUUGGAAAUGCCCUUUUAUGGAGUGUUUACUUUUUAUAACUAUCCUCUGUAGGAGUAGCAAAUUGCUGUUGGCAUUUUCAGUCAUAUUACAUUUCAAACCCCCCAGUUUUUUUGUCAAAAACAUCUCUAAUCCCUUAAUUUUUCUCCGAAAUUAGGGCUUCGCUCAUUUAUAGUAAUAGUUAUUGCCCAGAAAGCUAGUUAUAUCUGCAUUUUAUAUAUCAUACAAGUCCUAUCCAGCACAAUCAUUAUGUUUUCCCCUCUAAAAUUUAUACAUUGUACCUCAUGAUAUUUGCAUAUCCUCCCGAAUAUCUCCAAAAUCCCGCAGAAUAUUUUUAUUUCCCCCUCGUACCCUUUUAUCACGCCCCUGGCCUCCCAAAAGCAGUCAUUAAAAACUUCUUCAUGUUUAAAUGCCCUCAGGAUAUUUGGCUGGCUGCACCCUUCAGGUAAUGAAAAUUUGCGGCCUUCAGGAUUCUUUGGACUCUUUUUGGAGAAAAUUUUUGCGAAAUAUGUUUUGAUUCUGUCUUUGAGCGAUGUCAUGGAGAUGUUUUUUGGACUGCAGAGCGACCAGGAAGUCUGCUGGAGGCUUGUCGCGGAUUGUAGAUAAGGUGUAGAGUAAAUUUUGCGACAAAAAAUUUUUGUCGUAAUUUGGUCUGAAAAUGAGUUUUAGAGCGUUUCAGGGGAGAAAAAAUUUGUCGCAGGUUCUAGUGUAAGUUUACAUUACAUUUUGCGACAAAAAAAAUUUUGCCAGAUUUUGGUCUCAAAAUGAUUUUUACAACUUUUAAGGGCAAAAAAAAUUGUCGCUAAUCGUAGUGUAAGUUUACACUAUAUUUUGCGACAAUUUUUUUUCCCAGAUUUUGAUCAAAAAAUAAUUUUUACAACUUUUUAGUCCAAAAAAAAUUUGUCGCAAUUUCUAACACAAAACUCUACUACCACCAGCGACAAACAACACUUUUAUCGACAGUUUAUAGUUCUUUGGGAAACCGAACGUUUUGGCGGCAUUUCAAGCUUUUUUUGGGCGGAAAUUAAAGUUGGACUUGUGUCUCCAUUGUUGUCGCGGUGUCUGUGGGUGGGCCUGGGAGAAAAAAGCGAGCAUGUCGAAAAAGUUUGGCGAUAUUUUUAGCCGACUAUGGAGAGAAUUUAAUAACCUUAAGAUGUUUGUUUUUGGAGUUCACUAUGAUGUCGGCUUCUUCCGGUGGGAAAGUUGGGAGGAAAUUCGAGAUUUCUUAUGUUUUUUGGGGAUUGUGAUGUCUUUUGAUAUUUGUCCUACUAAAUAGCGGCUUGAAGUCUUGUUUUUCGGAGCCAAAAUUCUUGGAAUCCAAUAUGUUUAAGAGUAAAAAAAUUUUUUAUUGCACAGUGCAAUAAAGUUUUAUUUUCCGCACUGUGCAAAAUUUCAUUUAUUUCUGCACGGUGCAAAAUUUUUCUAUUCUUUGCACAGUGAAAGAAUUCCAUACUUUUUGGUUUUAUACUUUUUGCACUGUGCAAAAAGUCAUUUAUUUUUGCACUAUGCAAAAUUUUACAAAUUUCAAGCACGGUUUAAAAUUUUAAUAUUUUUUGUACAGUGCAAAAUUUCCUUUAUUUUUGCACUGUGCAAAUCCCCCUUCCUUCUGCACUGUGCAAAAUUUCCAAAUUUCCCGCACAGUGCAGUUUUGGAAAAAAUCUCAAAAUCCCCCGGAAUAGCUCAUGUAGCUCAUAUGCAUCCAAAAUUGCGAAGACUUGUAACCUAUCUCUCACAGGUGCCCACCCCUCGUUUUCUCAGAAUUCACGCUUGGCGUUCUCCCUCUUUUCCUAAUUUCCCCUCUUAAUGUCACAUAACAGGGCGUCUUGAAUGGACGUGUAAUCAUGUCGGGAGGGACAAAAAUAUGGUCUGUAUUCAAAAUUUGGGUCUUUUUUUAGGUUUUUAAAAGGGUAUAUGCACUUAAAAUUACGAGUUUUUGCGGUUUUCAACCCAAUUUUUUGGAAUUAUGCAAUUUUUGCGAUAAAAAAGAUCUUUUUUGUCUUCAAAAAUUAUUUUUAGGCAAUUUUUAGAUCUUUAUGCAAAUUUCUGAACCAAAUUUAAAUUUGCAUAUUUUCCGAAAAAUUUGCAUAUUUUCAAAAAUUUGAGUAGAAAAAUAUAAUUUUUGAAUAUAACCUUUCUUCUAAACCCAUUUUUAUUGAAUUCUCUUUGAAUUUUGAUAUUCGCUUUCAAGAGUUUUCUUAUUGUCUUUUCUAAUUUCGCGAGAACAAGUGUCGCUAUUCAAAUUUCGCCCCCGAUAACCUUGCUCUGAAUUGCAUAACAAGGACGUCGCGGGGAGGAUUUCAAAUUAGUUUUUGAGCGUUUGGCUUAGCGAUUCCUUGCUUUUACGCCGCAUUUUGCCUCUGAACUUACCGAAAAUUUUCAAUUUGAAAGAAAAUUCUCAUAUAGCGACCAACUACAAUUUUACCCCAAAUUUUUGAUGUCUGAGCUAAUCUCUGCUCUUCUCAGUUCAUAAUCGUGUGAAGACUACAAUUCUUUGUUGGCUUCUUUCCGCCGCAAAUUGUAAAUGGAGUUAUUGCGGUCCGAAGCGCUCAUAAUUUUGUUUUUUUCAAUUCCUCCCCGUAAUCGCCCUAUAAAUAUGCUCAUGAGAUAACAUGUUACUGCUGAAUAUUCAAUGCAACUUUUUGAGGCCAAAGGCUCGCGCUAAAGUCACGUAUUCUCCGCGAAGACGAGAUUUUUUGCGGCCAAUUGGCCAAAAAGAGCGAGAUGCUGAGUCAUCCGAUAUCUUCGAUAUAUCGCCAAUUAUGGGGCUGAUAUCGGAGACACUCGGCCAAUUACUUGUUAAGCGCUUGCUUGGCAACCCGCCGAAGGGCUUAAAGUGGCAGUGCCUUAGGGCAUUUGGCUCCAAAAAACAUUUAAUUCGUUUUUUGGCGUGGGAAAUUUUCGCGGAUUAUUGGCCGCCCCAAAACAAAUGUUGUUUUACGUGAGUUAGGGCAAAGAUUCUCGCUGGUCCCCCCGUAAGUUUGAGGCUAUUCAGUUGUAGGUAUGUCUAUUACAAAGCCGUCUUUUAACGAUGGCUUUCGACGCGAUUGUUUGAAUUUUUCGAAUUUCCAAAUUCCAGGACCCUUGGCUUCGAAUAGUGCCCGCAGGGAAUCGGAUUACCUGGCGCGCUGAACAAGCUGAGGAAGCGAGUGCACGCCGCAAAAAAAUUAGAAUUUUAUUUGCAUAGGCGCGCGGACAAAGAUACUUUAAGUGGGCCUAAUCUUGGGUAAUGUCUUCGUGUUUGCGGUCGGUUUGGAUUAAAAUUCAUUCAAUUUUUUUGUGUUUCGGAUUUUCUAGAGGGCCUUUUGAGAUAAGCGUGCGUUACUGGGUUCCCUCGUACUUUACAACCGGUCGAAAAAUCAUUUUUUUUCAAUUUUGAUGAUUUCGCCUCCAAUUUCCUCCCUUUUUUGGUCUCUAAACCAUUUAAAAAUCCACUAAAUCUCCCCAAAAAUGAUCAUGAAAGGCCGCGGCGGAACAGGCCCGUAAAAUAAUAAAUGUCUUCCGCCGAAAAAACACCGAUUUCCACCAUGUUUUACCUCCACAAUUUGUGAUGCACGAAAACGGGCGCGCAACCCGUUUUUACGGCGUUUUCCUGCAUUCAAAGGGGAUUUGCCGAAACACGGAAUUCGGGAAUUUAUUCCAAGCCCUUUCCGCUGGCUUUGUGACAUUCUGCGUUCGAAAUUAGCCUGAGGGGAUUUUGGCUUUUGUCCGUUUUUUGAGCGGACUUCGGAGCUCAUGGUUAAGGUUGCUUAGGGUUGAUUUGUGAAGUUAUUGUGUAUUUUCUGCUGAAUCUUCUAUUAUUACUUUGUGAAAUACGCCGACUACUUCUGGGAUGUUUAAUUUGCCCGUGAAAAUGUUACUCUGAAACCUGUAAAUAUCCAUUUUGAAGGAUAAUAUCACAUCAUGGUGGAGUGGAACGAAAAUUACUGGCAACGAAACUACGAGCAUCGAAAUCGUUAUAUGAAUGGUAACGUUUGGGAGCUUAGUAGGAAUACUACCCCAAAAAAAUAUAAAUUUUCAAAUUCUUAUGCAAAUUCUUGCAACAAAAUCGAUAUUAUCUUACCCAUCAAAAUAUGAACUGGCCAAUGUUGCAAAAAUCGAAUUUCCCGCAAAAGUCCUAAGGGCAGGAUGCAAAAAAGGUGUUUUGACAGCAUCUGCAAGCCACUGGCUACAAAAGAAGUUGAAGACUUCUCAUACUUUUGGCAUAACUGAGCCACACCGCCUCAACUUUUGUCCAAAACCCCCCACUUCUUGACCUCGGGCCGAGGAUGAUUUUUUGUCAUUAAUGUUUUAUGAGGCUCAAAACACAAAAGCCGUAUAAUCUUUUCCCUUCACGGACCACAUUUUACAGCUUUUUCACAUGCAUUUUUGCCCGCAAUAGUAUCUUUUCCGGUGUUUUUUGGCCCGACCUUCCUUUUUCAUCAUUUUUCGACUAAUUUUGGACAAAAAAGCUUGUUUUAUGGUGUAGAAUUGCAGUAGACAUAUUAUAGAUGACACCUUAUCUCAUGAUUCUUCCGGAAAUGGCGAGGCUUCAACAAAAUUUUUAUAUUUUUUGACAAUUUUUACCAUUUUUUGUCACAAAACGUCUGGAAAUUUGAAAAUUGCAAAAUUUUCGUUCAACUUGAACAUUGUACGCGUUUCCACAACGCUCAAUGUCCCCAAUUUACCGCCUCCUACCAUACACAAAGAAGGAAAUACCCGAUAAGAACCGCGCCGAGGAGUAUUAUGCGCUUCGGGGCCGCAUGAAUAUAAAAGCGGGUCCGGGGAUAAUUGUUCGCCGCAAAAAAUAGGUUUGAAUGGGUUAUGGAGGGCCGGAUGAAUGCUUCAGAUUUGCGCCAGACCACCGCCGGCACAUUGACGAUGGUUCUGGAAGCGGAAAAGUUUAUGGGUUCCGAGGGUUUGCGGGGAUUUUGUUGGACUUGACAUCUGAUGACUAGUAUAAGAUAAACGGCCUGUUUGGGUGGGUUUUUUCGCGACGUCAGCAGCUAUAAACUGUAACUUGACCCGUAUUAUGCCUAAUACUUCAUAUUUUAACACCCAGAAACCACUGCUCCAAAAAAUUUUAUAGUUACGGCCAAUUUAUAUUACACUUGACAUUAGAUGUCAAACUGGUCCAAAACAAUGACUUAUGCUUUUCAUAUGCUCUAUAAUAUUUUUUAAAUUACUGCUAGCAUUGUCAUUUUUCAUUAUCUAAAAGCUGAAAUGCAGAUGUGGACGUGAAAAGCUGUAAAUUCCGUAAAAAUGGCAACUUGGAGGCCAAAAUACCAGCCUCCGUUAUGGAAGACCGAUGUAAACGAUCGGUUGACGGCUCAUAGAGAGCGUCAGAGUGUGUUGACCGCUGUGAUGCAGUCGCUCCUACGUCAGGGUAACGGUAUAUACAAAAAUAUAUAUGAAAAAAUAUGAAAAAUUUUAAAAAAUUUUAAAAAAUUAAAGGAAAUUUGCCAAUUUUAGCCAUAAUUCCUAAAAAAAUGAGUGUUCCAUGCAUGGUUUUUGUGUUCUGCAUCUAAUUGUUGCAUUUUCAGCUCUUGUCGGACCUCCUGCAAAUGUCACAGUUCAAGCGCUCACCAACGAUUCGGUCGUUGUUCAAUGGGACUUUGACGAAGGCGCCAACGGCGGGCUUGCCGAUGGAUUUGUAGUGAAAUACAUUCAUGAGCCCGGUCGGGAAGAACAUUCGUCGCAGAAUAUGGACUUGUGGAAGCCGCAGAGUGUCAUGGAUCCGAAGGCGCGGCAUUUGGAAGUCGGCAGAUUAACGGCGCACAAGCCCUAUGCAUUUUGUGUGCUGGCGAUUAAAAAUAGUGUAAGUUCGUGGGGAAGUGGUCGAUUUUGGAAAUUUGGAAAAGUGUAUGGGACAUGUAAAGGUCUGAGAAUAUGCCCUUAGGGCUUAUUUACAAUUUCCCAUUGAUUUUUUUUUAGAUGUUUUGAAGUUUUGGCAAAAUUUUUGCCAAAAAAUCUUUUUUUUUGAUAAAAAAUGAGAAAAAUUAGUCGAUUUUGGAAAUUCCAAAGGUGUGUCUUGAACAUAUCAAGGUCUGAGAAUAUGCUCUUUUGCCUUAUUCAUUAUUAGCGACGAUUUUUUCAAGGUCUUUUGAAGUUCUUGCUAAAUUUUUGGCAAAAAAUCACUUUUAUGCAAAAAGAGAUUUUACUGGUAAAAUGAUGUCAUAUGAUAAGCCCUAAAGGCCUUUGUUAAAGCGGCCAUCGAUUUUCCGGGAUUUUUUUAAAAAAAAAAAAUUUCUGUUUCAGCGGCUUGGCCCUUGUUCGGAUCCGCCAACGACAAUUGAGAAAAUAUUCCCCACCCGAGUCGUCCAAAAUCUUCAUGUUCAAUACAAAACCUCUCAGUCGGUGGCGCUUCAUUGGGAUUUUGAUUCAACGCUGACGCACAACACCAACCUCGGCUUCUACAUCAAACAGUCCGGCACCAAGACGUAUCGGACCCAAUUCUUGAAGGAGGAGACGUUAACCGCCCCCGGCUUCGAGCGACGGAUCUCGGGGACCGAACGGAACUUCCUGUGGUCCAAUCUCCGGCCCUACAUGAACUACACGUUCAAGGUGGGCGUCUACUCGCUGGACGACGGAAAGGUGUACUGGCCGCGCGAGCUGACUGUGCGCACGGAUCCCACGGGCCCUCCGCUGGUCGAUACGCCCACUUUUGUCGAGUCGAAGCAGUUGGGCACGGCGGAGUUGCGGAUCCCUCCCGCGACCGAAGAGCACGGCCCUAUAAGCCACUAUUGGAUAGUGAUCAUCCCCGGGAAUUACAGUAAAGAAGAUGUGUUGAAUGUGGAUCCACAACAUUUGAUUCAAGCGACAAAUAGAUGGCAUCAGAAUUUGCAGCCGAAGAUCUCGGCGAAGUCCGCGAAACGACGCGACUUACGGAGCCUGGAUGCGCGCGAAAACUCGGCGUGGGAGACUGAACUUACCGCCGAUUCGGAAGUCCUCCGUUUCAACGAAGAGCUGGCGGUUUUGUUGCCCACAGAAGACUCUGGCGUCGACUCGGACUUUGAAAUUGACGAGAUUCUACAAGAAGAAGCGGAGAAGUCGAGGAAAAGAAAGUUGCCUAUGCUUGGAUGGGACGACGGGGAAGAGGAAUAUCCAAGAAAGACGAAGCGAGUGAAACGGAUCGCUAAAAGACGACAUCGAAGGCAUGAUAGGAAGCCCAGGGAGCCGAUUGCAAGUCUGUCGGCGAGGAGCUUGCAAGGAGUCUACGUGACGGCACAGCUGAGCUCAAUUCAAGUGGAGAACAUGAUGAGGGACAGUAAAACAUUCACCAUUGGUGAUGGAAAGGUAUGAGGGGGGAUGGCAGAUAGGUUGAUGAGGCUGUCGGGAAAAUAAUGAGCACUUUGUCGCAGGGAAAAUCGCAUGGGCGAUGAGAAAAUGAAAAGUGUCGCGGCAAAGGCAAAUUGCUUCUCACUUUAGCGACACGAUUGGCGCAGUGCUCAUCAUUUUCCAGACAGACUGAUAGGCCACUUAUGAAGUACAUUUUUUCUUCUAAGUUAUCUAGAGCCCCUCUAAUCAUCACGAAUUUCCAGGAAUACGGUGGAUUUUGGAAUAUGCCGCUCGGCACCGACGCCCAAUACCGCGUAAUGUCCCGCGCGUUCGCGGUCGACCAAAGCAACUCGCGCUACGAACGGCCCUUCGAGUACCGGGCGCCGAUGCAGGAGCCGGCCAGCAAGCUGUUCACCGAUUCCAUGAUCUCCGAACCCUUCAGCUCCAGGCCGGCGAUGAUUUCGCGGAUCGCGAGCCGCACCUCCAACAUCUUCUUCUUGGGCCCCGCCAUUGCGCUCGUCUUCAUCGUGUUGAUCAUCGGGAUGUUGGUGGCGUGGUACUUGAAGUGCUCGAAGAAGGGAUCGCCGGCGAGGAAUUUCAGUCUGGGAAAUGGCACCCUGACCAACAGACAUGGCAGCAUCACCAAGAUUGCGCUUGGCUCCGACUUUGCGCAAAUCAAUGGGAAUGGUGAGUUGUGGGGGAAGCUCGGAGGAAUGGGUGUCAGUUUGUCGGGGAAGAUGGGAUUUUCGAUGCAACAAUAUGCUCAUUAAUUUCCCGACAGACCCAUUUAAAUCCCAUAAAAUCCAAAAGUUUUUGUUAACUCCUUCAAACAACCUCUAAACAACUUUGCUUUCAGGAAACGGUCUUUACAACCCAACCGCCCGCCUAAACGAGACCUCCAAGCUCCUGAACGGCCAUGCGAAUGGCGGCGCCGACCUCAACGGUCACGCCAACGGUCAUCUGAACUCCAUGAACACCCUCAACAACCCCUACUCCACCGCGCCGCGCAACGCCAACUACCAUCAGAACGACACGGCUCUCUUCGACAUGUACGCUCCGAACGGUCAUCAGCCCAUCAGCAUGUCGCAAAACAACCUGCAUGAUGGAGCAAUGUUCACCGACAAUAUCUACGGUCAUCAUACCUUGCCGCCACAUCAUAGUAUGGCCAUGAGCGGGGGUUUCGGGCAGCCAAUGAAUCAACCCAUCCCGUUGAGCGACUUCAGAAGUCAUGUGGACCGUCUGAAGAUGAACGGAAACGAAGGGUUCAUCAAGGAGUUCGAGAGCAUCGACACGGAUCAGCACUUCACCUGGGACAACUCCAACUUGGAGGUGAACAAGCCGAAGAACCGCUACGCCAACGUGGUUGCGUACGACCACAGUAGGGUCAUCCUGAAGACGGUGACGCGCUCCGCCACCGGCGGACCGCGCGCUCUCGGCCUGGACGCCGUGUACGACGAGGAGGAGGAGCCGGGUAGCGACUACAUCAACGCCAACUACAUCAACGGCUACUUCAAGGAGAAGGCGUACAUUGCGACGCAGGGCCCGCUCCCGGAGACGUUCGCCGACUUCUGGCGAAUGGUCUGGGAGCAGGAGAGCGCCGUGAUCGUUAUGUUGACCAAACUGGAGGAGAGGUCGCGCGUCAAAUGCUCGCAGUAUUGGCCCAGCAAGGGCUCCGCGAUGUAUGGGCAUAUACGAGUGACUUUGGUUGACACCAACGAACUCGCCCACUAUACCAUCCGAACCAUGCGAUUGGAGCAUAUGGCGGAGAAGCAGAUCCGCGAGAUCAAGCACGCGCAGUUCACGUCGUGGCCCGAUCACGGGGUACCCGACCAUCCCACACCGUUCUUGAUGUUCCUGAAACGCGUCAGAACGCUGAACCCGCACAAUGCCGGCCCGAUCAUCACGCAUUGCAGCGCGGGAGUGGGCCGGACUGGCGCCUACAUUGUGGUGGACUGCAUGACCGAGCGCAUUCACGCCGAGAACUCGGUCGACAUCUACGGAUGUGUGAAGGAGCUGCGAGCGCAACGAAUGUACAUGGUGCAGACGGACGAGCAGUAUGUCUUUAUUCAUGAUGCGGUGCUGGACGCGAUUACGAGCGGAUCGACGGAAAUCCCGGCCUCCAAGUUCCAACAGCACAUCAAUACGCAUAUUCUGGGUGAGUGGUUUUGAUUUUUUUGAUGGCAGCUCUGCAAAAUGGUAAUUAGAUUCUGUCAUCAAUCUGUCGGGAAAAUAAUGAGCAUUGCAAGAAUUGUGUCGACGGCAAAUCUUGAAGUGCAGCUCAGCGUUGAAGGGGAGUCGGGGGACGUUUAGACCACCGAUCGUUCGCAACAAGUACACACACGCAAACACAAGUUUCUUUUAUUCACGUCAACGGGAACAACCGAUUAUCUUAAGAGCUAAUUGGUGAUAAAGUGUUCCUUUUAUACAACUCCAUUUAUGCUAAUUUCCGUGGGAAUUUUGGAGACCUUUGAGGCUCCACGAAAGAGCAUUGUAAGAAUUGCGUCGAAGGAAAAUGAAGUUGCUUUUUAUUUUAGCGAGCGAUUGGCACAGCGAGAUUGUGCUCAUUAUUUUUCCGACAGACUUAUAGCUGUCGGGACAGUUGUUGUCUCGGACAGUAUGCAGCUAAUGAAACUCCCUUGAACUUGUCUAAAUCCUUUUUUCAGGCCAGAACAGCAGCCUUGACCGCGAGUUCGAGAGCCUCAUGGCGCUCCAACCGCCGAACGCCUCCUUCCACGCCGCCUCCAUGCCCUUCAACCUGCCCAAAAAUCGGUCGCCCAAUCAACUGCCCUACGACUCGAAUCGAGUCCAACUGUCGCGUAUCCGCGACGUCGAAGGCUCCGACUACAUCAACGCGUCGUGGAUCGACAGCUACCGCAAGCGCGGGCAAUUCAUCGCGGCGCAAGCGCCGAUGCGCGACACCGUCAUCGACUUUUGGCGCAUGAUCUGGGAGUGCGACGUGGGAAUCGUGGUCUACUUGAACGGGAUCCCCGACACGGUGCCGCCGCACGAACACGACAAGUACGCCGAGUAUUGGCCGCAGACCUUCCACAUGCUGCGUUACGAUCAAUAUUUGGUGGAGAGCAAGAAGUUUGUCGAGUACGAGGCGUAUGCGUUGAGGGAGUUUGAGGUCACGGACGAUGUGGUGAGUUGGGAAGGUCGUGUAUAGGAUAAUUGAUGGUUUUAGACGAAGGAGACCAGGACGAUACGACAUAUUCAGUACCUAAGAUGGCCGGAUAGGGAUUUGCCGGAGACUGAAGCCAGCUUCAACCAGUAUAUUCAGUUGGUAAGUUCAUGAGAAAAUAUAAAAUUUAAAAUGAAUUUUUGCGUUUGUUGGGAAAAUAAUGUGGAUUUUUUGCAAAAAAAAAACUCGUGUCAUCGCAAUCGCAGAUCAACCAACCGCGGCUUCAACGCCGAGAGGUUUCAAGGCACAAACGAGUCCACAUUAUUUUCCCGACAAGCUGAUAAAAAUCAAGUUGACGCUAAAAUUACGCUCAAUUAAUCCUCAAUCCCUUCAGGUGAGCCAAACCCAACAACAGUUCGGUUAUUCCGGCCCAAUCCUUGUCCACUGCACCAAUGGCGCGGCGCGAACCGGCGUCUUCAUCGCCAUGUCCAUCAUCAUCGAGCGGAUCGCCGCCGAAAGCGUUGUGGACGUCUUCACCACCGUGAAAAUGUUGCGCGCCCAACGCCCCAACAUGGUGGAGAGUCGGCGCGAGCUGGAGUUCAUCUACAUGGCCGCGCUGGACUACAUGUCACAGUUAUAG